AUGUCAUGGCUGAUGCCCUCAAGAGCAUCAACAAUGCUGAAGAGAGGCAAACGUCAGGUUCUUAUUAGGCCGUGCUCCAAUGUCAUCAUCAGGUUUCUAACUGUGAUGAUGAAGCAUGGUUACACUGGCGAAUUUGAAAUCAUCAAUGAUCACAGAGCUGGGAAAAUUGUUGUGACCCUCACAGGCAGGCUAAAUAAGUGUGGAGUUAUCAGCCCCAGGUUUGAUGUGCAACUCAAAGAUCUAGAAAAAUGGCAGAAUAACCUGCUCCUAUCCCGUCAAUUUGGGUUCAUUAUACUUACAACUUUAGCUGGCAUCAUGGACCAUGAAGAAGCAAGAUGA